AUGGCUGCUUCCACAAGAACUUAUCUUGCGUUCCAGCACAAUGCAAAGUUGUACUCUCUUGCAACAGCUGUUCGAUCGAUACGUUCAGCAACUUCGCUAGAAGAGGCCAACCAAUCUCUGUUCAAACAGGCCAGUGAAGACGACCAUGUCGUUAUCACCGAACAAACCAUUUUCCACCCUCAAGGUGGUGGCCAACCUUCCGACGUGGGCAUCAUGAAAACAAAUAACAGCGUCUUCAACGUCAGCGCUGUACGCAUGGAUGCCAUCUCCAACGGACAAGUUCUGCAUUUUGGACGUUUCGAGCCCGGACACGGUGCAUUCGCAGAAGGAGAGACCGUCACGCAGGAGAUCGACACCGAGAAGCGUCUACUCUACUCGAGGCUACACACUGCAGGUCAUGUACUCGGGGCCGCGACCAGAAAACUACUCGAAAAAGAAAUUGCAGGCUUUGACGAACUCAAGGCGUCGCACUUCCCUGAUGCCGCAUCUUGCGAAUUCCAAGGAUCAAUCGAGGGCAAGUGGAAAGAUGCAAUCCAGAAGAAGGUUGACGAGUACGUUGACGGCGAUAUGCCAGUCGAGAUUGAAUGGUGGAGCGAAGAGGAUUUCAAGAAGAAUGGACUUGAGAGACUAAUCACCGACAACCCUAAUGUUGCAGCGGGAGAGAAAUUCAGGGUGGUCAAAAUCGUUGGAGCGGACACAUAUCCGUGUGGUGGUACUCAUGUUGAUAGCACCACGGCUUGUGGAAAAACAACGGUCAGGAAAAUCAGCAGGAGCAAGGGAACAAGCAGAGUUUCUUAUGCUGUUGCAUAG